AGUUUUUGUUAUGGACCUGAUCACUCUCAGUUUUGGAAACACGUCACAGGACCUUUUUGAGAGAGAUGGCGGGCAAGAUCUCAAAGGACGAGCUUGAAGAACUCCGAGAGGCUUUUGAGAAAGUUGAUCUCAACGGAAAUGGCUUUGUGUGUGACUAUGAGCUCCAGGAACUUUUCAAAGAGGCUAACCUUCCAAUGCCAGGCUAUAAAGUCCGGGAGAUCAUUCAGAAGCUGAUGACGGAAGGAGACAAAGACAAAGACGGCAAGAUCAGCUUUGACGAAUUUGUAUCCAUUUUCCAGGAGCUGAAGAGCAGUGAUAUUGCUAAGAGCUUCAGGAAGGCAAUCAACAGGAAGGAGGGGAUCUUGGCCAUUGGAGGCACCUCGGAGCUGUCCAGCGAGGGCACACAGCACUCCUUCUCUGAGGAGGAGCGAUACGCCUUUGUCAACUGGAUAAACAAGGCAUUGGAGAACGAUCCAGACUGCAAGCAUGUCCUUCCCAUGAACCCCAACACCAAUUCCAUGUUUAAAGCUGUCGGUGAUGGCAUUGUGUUGUGUAAAAUGGUCAAUCUCUCUGUGGCAGACACGAUUGACGAAAGAGCAAUCAACAAGAAGAAGCUGACACCAUUCACAAUUCAGGAGAAUCUGAACCUGGCCCUGAACUCUGCCUCUGCGAUUGGCUGCCAUGUGGUGAAUAUCGGAGCCCUGGACCUGCGUGAAGGGAAGCCUCACCUAGUGCUGGGCUUGCUGUGGCAGAUCAUCAAGAUUGGCCUGUUUGCAGACAUUGAGCUCAGCAGGAACGAAGCUCUGGUGGCUCUGCUCCGAGAUGGGGAGAGUCUGGAGGAUCUGCUCAAGCUAUCCCCUGAAGAGCUGCUCCUGAGAUGGGCCAACUACCACCUGGAGAGUGCAGGCUGGCACAAGAUUAACAACCUCAGCUCAGACAUCAAGCUGACAGACUUCAGUAACUCUGUGAAGGAUUCAAAGGCCUAUUUCCACCUCCUGAAUCAGAUUGCACCUAAAGGAACUAAAGAGGAUGAGGCUCGCAUUGACAUCAACAUGUCCGGCUUCAAUGAGAAGGAUGACCUGAAGAGGGCGGAGUUCCUGCUGCAGCAGGCAGACAGACUGGGCUGCAGACAGUUCGUCACCCCAGCCGAUGUGGUCAGUGGGAACCCGAAGCUGAACCUGGCAUUCGUUGCUAACCUGUUUAACAAGUACCCAGCACUGACCAAGCCAGAGAACCAAGAUAUUGAUUGGAAACUACUGGAAGGUGAGACCCGAGAGGAAAGGACCUUCCGCAACUGGAUGAACUCUCUUGGUGUGAAUCCACACGUCAACCAUUUAUACAGUGACCUACAGGAUGCCCUGGUUAUCCUCCAGCUCUAUGAAAAGAUCAAGGUUCCAGUUGACUGGAACAAAGUUAACAAACCCCCAUACCCUAAACUUGGAGCCAAUAUGAAAAAGCUGGAAAACUGCAACUAUGCGGUUGAACUGGGUAAACGUCCUGCUAAAUUUUCCCUGGUGGGUAUUGGUGGACAGGACCUGAAUGAUGGCAAUGCAACAUUGACCCUGGCUUUGGUGUGGCAGCUAAUGAGGCGAUACACACUCAAUGUGCUGGAGGACCUUGGAGAAGAUGGGGCCAAAGUCAAUGAUGACAUCAUUGUAAACUGGGUAAACUCGACUCUGUCUGCGGCUGACAAGAAAACCAAGAUCCAAAGCUUUAAGGAUAAAGAAAUUAGCACAAGUUUGGCUGUUGUUGAUUUGAUUGAUGCCAUCCAACCUGGCUGUAUUGACUAUGAUAUGGUGAAGACAGGAAAGCUUUCUGAUGAAGACAAGCAAGAAAACGCCAAGUAUGCUGUGUCCAUGGCCCGGAAGAUUGGGGCCCGGGUGUACGCCCUGCCGGACGACCUCGUCGAGGUGAAGCCCAAGAUGGUGAUGACAGUCUUUGCUUGUUUGAUGGGAAGGGGGCUAAAAAAGGUGUAACGCAAACUAAAAUAAACAAAACUGCCUCUCUCGUCACAAGCAAACGUCUGGCCCAUAAGCCAUUUGCUGGUUAAAAGGCUUUUGGUUUAGGAAUUAGUACAACCGUCAUUUAAAUAUUAAAGGACAUUUCUAAAAAGUUUGCAAGACAAGAAGUGUAAUAGGGGAUGCUUGGGGUGGGACAGGGGGUUAUGUGAAUUAGAAAAACAAAAUGGCGAAAAUUCUCUUUCCCCAAGUUAGUAUGGGUUGAUCGGCUAAGGUACACAUUGAAAUGCAUUCAUAUCACAGUACGCAAGAACAAGCAAGUGCUCAUAUGUGUCACAUAAAGCCAUGUAAGCAAACUUAUACAUUUUUUUAUUUUAUGAUUUGCAUGUUCGUUUAUCUUCGUUUAAGGUUUAAACUUUUUUUUCUCUUUUUUUUUUUUUAAUUUUUUUUUUUUUUUGUUACUUAUACACCAGUUUACCAAAAAAUUAUUCAUUCCAGGUAGAGGCUGUAGUCCAUUCUACAGUUAUGAACGCAUUUUAGUAUGUAUCUUGCGUAUAAAUGUGUGUACUUUAGACCUGCUUUUUACAAAAAAAUAAAAACUAUGCAUGAAUGAUCUCUGCAUUUUUAUUUAAAACAAUAUCUGCUAUGAAAAAUAAACGCUUUUAUGGGUGGGAGAGGAGAGGAAAGCCAAAGGUUUCAGGGGUUGGGUGGAUUAAGAAAAUGGUUGAAUUUUACCAUUUAGAAUCGGAAGAUAUUUUUUACAAGUGUAAAGAAGUAUUGUCUCCACAGGUUCAAACCCAACGUUAUGGAGAGUGUUCUUGUUUGACUGGCUGUAUUCUGCUGUGUAACUGCUGGAUAAAACUGUACUCCAUUAACCAUAUCCAUUUUAAGGAAAACAUGUAACACAGUGGCUGUGGGUAAACUGAAAUAAAAACUAUUUACAGCAAA